AUGCCUAAAUAUUACUGUGACUAUUGUCGAAUCUAUCUUACCCACGACUCUGCUAGUGUCAGGAAAUCUCAUUUUAUUGGUAAGAACCAUAUUAAAUAUGUCUGCGAUUAUUAUGAGCAAGAAGCGAAAAAAUUAGGAAUUUGGAAUCCUGAAAAUAUUAUCAACGAAUAUAAAAUAGAGGAUUAUUAUAAGGGAUGCCCUACUAUUAAGAAUUCUCUCGAUGAUUUUGAUCUGGUUAGUGGCUCUUCGAGGAAAGCAAAUGCUGGUAACAAUAACUUGAGUGAUACCAAUCAUGUCAGCAGCAGUAGUAAAAAUAAAAGCGAAAACUUAGUGAAUGGAAAUGAUAUUAAUGAAAUUGAAAACAAGGUAUUGCCACCACCACCUACUUUGCCUAACAUGCCCAACCCACCUUCAAGUGCCUAUAAU